AUGACACUAAGCAUACUCUUCAAAACGAUGAAAACUGGUUCAGAUGCAAUUUCCGGUCGAAUGAGUUCGCUAGCUUUUCUGCAGAUGGUAACGGAUUAUCGAAGGAACCGCAAACGUUCGAAGUCAAAGUAUAGAAAUCGGGACGAAUUAUCUUUGAGAAAAAAAGAUUCUACAGAGGAUGAUAGCGGUGAUGACGUUUCAAAAGAAUAUGAAAAGAAUCCGGGAAAUCCUUACACAGUUCACCAUAACCGGUACAAGCAAAAUUGGAUGUGGAAUCACGUUAUGACUGGAGAUCACAUGAAUGUUAAUCCAUAUGCACCUCAGUUCGGUAAUUACGGCCCAACUGCAGUAGAUCUAUUCUUUGGUAGAAAAUGGUGGUAUUUUAAUCAGGAUGAUUACAAACCAUUUAAUUAA